AAAAGAGUAAAUAAAAAGAAGAAAAAAAUAUAUAUAAUCCCCCGCCUUCUGCGUCUCCAUUUUCCGUUGCGUCCUACCAUCCCGCCGCCGCGUUCUCCACCUUGCUCAGCACCGCAAACCUUCUCUGCCGAUCUUCUUCCCUCCGUUGGUAUAAGGUUGUUGGAAAUUGAACCCAUAAUACAAUGAAUUCAAUCAGUGGCUCCAUUGGUGAAACUUACUAUGAUGUACUGUCUUUAAGAGAAGAUGCUAGCUUUGACGAAAUUCGAGCCAGCUAUCGGUCGGCUCUCCUUAAUUUCCACCCUGAUAAAUUACAAGCCAUGUGCCAUAAAUCUCAUCCAGACGACAUCAUGGGGGAAAGAUACUUCAAGGUGCAGAAGGCUUGGGAAGUUCUCGGCAGCUCGAAAUCCCGUGCAUCUUAUGACAGAGAGCUCCAAGCUGCCAAAGGGGAUGCAAUUGGUGCAGAGAGCAUAAGCUUAGAGGAUAUGGUUGUGGAAGAUAAAGGUGAAGUUGUAGAACUUCUUUAUCAGUGCCGUUGUGGGGAUUACUUCUUUAUUGAUUCCGGGGAGUUGGAUGAAAUGGGAUAUCCAUUGUUGAGGAAUGGUAGUAAGGUUUCUUUAAGGACUCUAAAUGCUUUGCCUGCUUCUGUUGUUUUACCCUGUGGUUCUUGCUCUUUGAAGGUUCGUUUGCUAAUUGAUUCGAAUUGACUGUUGAAUUUGAAUGAUCGAAAUCACAACGAUUUCUCUUAAUAUCCUUGCCACUUGUUUAAAUUGAGAGAGUUUAUGAGAAUUUUGUGCUCUUCGGUAGAGUUUACGUGGGUUUUCUUUAAUGCAACUUUGUUGAGUGAAGUUCAACAAUUUUCCUAGGCUGUUUGGUUCAACUUUGUACAUGUGGAUUGUGGGGGUUACUAAUCGGCAUCUGAAAGGCAUCAGCUUGAAGACUUCGUCGUGUACUGAAUUGUCAAAAUUUGAGAGAACAACCAGAGUGUACACCAAGAGAUGGGGGGAAAUCCAUGGUAGUUUCCUUCUCUAAAAAUGACUGCUGGGUAAGAUACAUUGUUAUUUCCUUCCUUCCCCUCGCAGGCUCUCUUGUAAAACCAAAGACGCCCGAAAACGAAGUACAACUGGAGGAGGAAUUAAUAAACAAGUCUGGCAAGGGGAAUACUGACUGAACUAUUUUAGAAUAGGUUUAGUUAAUUUUUGAGGUAGCGUAUUUGCUAAAUGAUCAAUUUGUUAAUGACGACCUUUCUAGAAAACUUGUGGCAAACUGCCUAAGAAAAUUCCCAAACUGGUGAUUUGCUCCCUUGGAUUGCUGCUUUUUUUUUUUUUCUGUAAAGGGGAUGAUUCCUUGAUAAUUUUCUACUUCACUGACCCUUUUGCCUUUGGUGGUAAUCUUUCAUGCCCCCCUAGAUGGGUUAAGAAUUGGCUAAAGGAGGCCUUAGGAGGUUGGUGUCUUGAAAGCGAGAUGAAGAUUCCCAUCGGAUGUAAGGGUAGUAAAAUGAUUAUUUUUGUUGAAGUUUGCAGGAUAACGUCUCGUGUUGGUGUUCUAGGCAUACAAAGUUCAUUAGUAAUUGUAAUAUAAUGACCAAUCUUUAAUCUUUCUUCUUAUGAUCUUUUACAAUUGAAAAA